AUGAGGGAGACGGGACUACCUUCUCCGCGUGCGGAACCCUCGGAGGGACAGGGUGCCCUUGAGCUGCAGGAGAUGCAGACUCGCGAGGACGAGGAGCAGCUGGGCUACUCGUCCGCGUCAGCCUCGUCGGGAGAAGAGUAUCGAGUCACCAGGCGAGCUACAUCUCGUUCAACUGCGCGGCGCCCUCAAACCCCGGAGAAGGGCUCAUGGAGCAAAUUCGCUCGGUUCUGGACACACCAUGUGACUCUGACAGUGCCCCAGCGAAGCAACCGUGACUACUUUGCUUUGGAGAGAACAUUCCUCGCAUAUGUCCGCACCUCGGUGACCAUCGCGAUGCAAGGAGUGGUGAUUGCGCAGCUAUUCCGCCUUCAGCCAGCAGAGGACCGGCUCAAAUUCUACAAAGCGGGCAAGCCGGUAUCCGUAGCCUGUCACUGCGUAGCCAUUAUCGUUGCCCUGAUUGGAGCGUAUCGAUUCUGGAGACAACAAAAUGCUAUUUCCCUGGGCAAGGUGCAUGCUGGAGGAUGGGAGCUGAACGCCGUGGGGUUUCUACUUUUUGCAAUCUUUUUGAUCACGCUGAUUCCGUCCGUUGCGAUCAUUAUUGAGACCGAUUGA